AUGAUUCCGAAAACUAGUACUUUCAUUAGUGUGCAAGCGGCACGGGAGAGCGGGAUCUCGCGGGCGCGGGACGAGUUUCCAGUCAUCCGAGACCUCAACCUCGGCCACGUGGCCCGCUCGAGAAUAAUUGAGAUCUCCGGCAGCAAGAGUCGUCGUGCCUCGAUCGGUAUCGAGCUCGUCCAUGACCCGGGAGUCUUGCUUGUGGACGAGCCCACUUCAGGCCUCGACUCCUCCUCGGCCCUCCACGUCAUCUCCCUUCUCCAGUCAGCGGACACGGCAAAGACUGUCGUUCUCACUAUCCACCAGCCGAGCUCCCGAAUUUUCGACCUUCUCGACAAUCUAAUCCUCGUUUUGAACGGGCUCGCCGUUCAUCACGGCCUGCUCGACCUUUUCGAAUCCCGUCUCCGCCUCGCCGGCCUUAUCAUCCCCCGACCAUGUCUAGCCCGCGUUUGA